AUGGUGGGGGUGUCAAGACCACAAAGCAGGGCAAAGGGAGAGUGCCGGGCCCGGGUGCUGCUCUGCUUAGAGGCCAAGGAGGGCCGGGAGGAAGGGCGCGUCACAGCCUCCUCUGCUCACCAGCACCAGACGGCUCCUCUGCUCACCAGCACCAGACGGCACCUCAGCUCUGUGCGUGGGGACCAUGGUAAACGGCAACAUCACCAACAAAAGCGUGAAGACAAGGAAAAUGUCUUUACUAAAUAG